AUGGAUGGUGAUCACGAUGACGACGACGACGACGUUGACUUUUUUGACGAUCCAAAUGACCAUGAGCACGCGACAGUUGGACUCAAUGGAAGAUAUGGAGGAGCCAAAGGGAGUUUUAAUGUUUGGAAGCCAUUUGUAGAGAGCACAACCGAGGUGAGCAUAUCACAACUAUGGGUUGCAAGGAGGUAUGAUGAUGGCAACAUUGCAACGUUGGAAGCCGGUUGGAUGGUGUAUGCUCAUCUGUUUGGAGACAACAUGGUGCGGUUUUUUUGCUUAACUACGCCAGAUAAUUACAAAACGCGGCUUUAUAAUGUCGAUCUAAGACUUCCGGAUCACACUAAUCUAGUCUUCACUCAAGUGAGCGAGAGAUUUUUCCCUGGUGGUGCGCUCACGCCUACCUCCGAGUUUGAUGGGCGGCAAAGCGAAUUUCUGCUCGAGAUAAAGAAGGAUCUUGAGACUGGGAACUGGCAUAUUUUAUUCAAUGGUGAAACGAUGGGAUUUUGGCUGAGAACAAACUACUAUCCGGAUUUCGACUUGGGGGACGAGAUUCAAUGGGGAGGAGAGAUUGUUAACAAGCGCACCAAGGGAAGGCACACCAGCACGCAGAUGGGGAACGGCCAUUUUGGAUGGAAAGGGUUGGGAAAGGCUGCUUUCAUCAGACACAUGGAGGUGUAUGACCACGACCUCAACCCCUCCGACGCCGCUUACCCUCUUACUCUUUACACCACCGACUCUUUCUGCUAUGAUAUCAAUGACUGGGGGAGAACACCCAUGGGACGUAUGAUCACCUUCGGUGGACCUGGUUAUAAUGCCUUCCUUUGUUCUUGA